UCUCAUCGGUGAGCCAACAUCCAAUCAGAGACGAGAACUCUCACGCCCCCGUCUUUUGAUUGGCUGAAAGAUAAACAGCUUUUGGAACUUGUGUCUGUGCGUGUGACUCGAAUUCAUUCAUGUUUACAUUUGUAGGAUACAGCUCCACUUUGCCUCAAGCCGAGACUUCAGCACGACCCGCCAACAACAGCAACGACGACAGCAACGUAAGAAAAGGCUGGUCGGUUAGUGUGACUCAGCGGGAGCAAGAGGACACACGUUUUGCUGACGACGCAGACCGUGCAUGAAGCUGAGAUGUGGCUCUGUGGUUUGUCUACCGAGGAGGGUGACAGCGUCUUUAAGGGCUCUUAGAACGAAGAUUCUUGGACCAACGAGGUGUGCAGGCAGACAGAAGGGGGCAGCAACUUCCAUUGCCUUUAUCCUCACAAAUGUAGGCUUAACAAUGCAGGAUGGGUCUACCUGUGGACAGCCCAGACAGAAACGAUGAUGAACAUAAAUAUGAGGGAGAGGGAGAGGAGGGCGAAAGCCAAACUGAGGCCUGCACCUUCACCCGCACCCCGCCGCCCAUCACCAAGAAGAGGAGAAAAUGCAAGAAGAGACUGUGGAUCAACCUCACCAACUGCAAAUAUGAAAGUGUGCGACGAGCUGCUCGAAGAUACGGCCUCAGAGAAGCGGUGGAGGGUGAAGACUGGACACUGUUUUGGACCGACUGCUCUGUGUCUCUAGACCGUGUUAAGGACAUGAAGCGUUACCAGAAAAUAAACCAUUUCCCGGGGAUGAGUGAGAUCUGCCGCAAAGACUUACUGGCAAGAAACAUGAACCGCAUGCUCAAGCUUUUCCCCAAAGACUACAACAUCUUCCCCAGAACGUGGUGCCUUCCUGCAGAUUACAGUGACUUCCAAGCUUACACCAGGGCCAAAAAAAACAAGACAUAUAUCUGUAAGCCAGACACUGGCUGCCAAGGCAAAGGCAUCUUCAUCACCAAAUCAAGUAAAGACAUUCCCCCUGGAGAACACAUGAUCUGCCAGGUUUACGUCUCCAGGCCUCUCAUUAUUGACGGGUACAAGUUUGACCUGCGUAUUUACGUGCUGGUGACGUCAUGUGACCCAUUCAGCAUAUUCAUGUUCAAGGAGGGGCUGGCCCGCUUCUGCACAACACAGUACAACGAACCAACGCACAGCAAUGUGGAAGAUGUGUGCAUGCAUCUCACCAACUACUCCAUCAACAAGCACAGUGAGAAUUUUCUCCGUGACGAGGACACAGGCAGCAAACGAAAGCUGUCCACCCUUAAUAAACACUUGGAGUCCAUCAGCUGCAACACAGAGAAGCUGUGGAAUGACAUUGAGGACGUGAUCAUAAAGACUCUGAUCUCCGCUCACCCCAUCCUCAAACAUAAUUACCACACGUGCUUCCCCAACCACACCACCGGCAGCGCCUGCUUCGAGAUCCUGGGCUUCGACGUGCUGCUGGAUCACCGCCUCAGACCCUGGGUGCUGGAGGUGAACCACUCCCCGAGCUUUACCACCGACUCACAGCUGGACCGGGAGGUGAAGAAUGCUUUGCUGUACGACACCCUGGUUCUCAUCAAUUUAGGUGCCUGCGACCGCCGCAAGAUCACCAAAGAGGAGAGACGCAGGGUGAAGGACAGGCUGCAGCAAAACCGCUCCAGAGAGGCCAGGUCGGAGGAGCUGCGUCAGUGCCAGGCGGCCACGGUGGAGCAGAUGGAGAGAUAUGAGGCCAAACACCUGGGAGGCUUCAAGAGGAUCUACCCCAGAGAGGGAGGAGAGAAAUACGACAAGUACUUCAAACACAGCAGCUCGCUCUUCCAGGAGACGGCAGCGUCCAAGGCCAGAGAGGAGUGUGCCAGGCAACAACUGCAGGAGCUGCGUCUGAAGCAGGAGCAGAGGGAGAGAGACCAGAUGGGGGGUCGGAGGAGAGACUUGCAGGGGGAGACAGCAGGGGAGAGAGUCAAACCACAACGAGCAUUAACACAACCCCCCACUUCUCGCUGUGACUGUGACCCAGAGGCGCCCCCUCUGUCCAGUCUGUCAGUGGAUCCUGAAGCUGCAGGAGUCCGAAAAGAGAAGCAGGAGAAGGAGAGGGAGGAGGAGGAGGAGGUAGAUAUAGAAGAGCAGGAGCGGGUGGAGGCUCUGCUCCAGAGGAAGAAACUGCUAAAGGACCUGGGGGUGGUGGACCUGAUCCACCAGCUGCUGCACGGGUGGACAGAGGGAGGGGGAGUCCUGCAGGACGCCUGCACCCACCAGCAGAGUAAACAGACUCAGCAGAGACAACAGCAGACAAAGUUGGACUCUUUGGCGCAGUUUUCCCACAGGACGAAGCAGCAGCAGCAGCAGCAGCAGCAGCAGCCCUGCACUCAGAUCUCACGGCAGCACGCCCACUCCCACAUGACUCAGCAGCGUUUGCUCAGGCCCACCAUCGACCAGAGGAGCCUGAACGAGUCCAGCUGCCUGCAGCAGGAGUCCAAGAGCCUCAACAGAGCGGAAGAAAUACGAAGGACCAGCAGCGCCCAGCGGAUACACUGGCCAGUCAGCGGCUCUCCGGCCGUCAGGGAGGACAGCAGGAGCAGCUCCUACACCGACACCCGGUCCCGUCCCAGCAUCCCGAUCGUAAACCACGUCCCCAAAAGAGGCCUGCGCUGCGCCUACAUGUCCCAUGACCCCGCUGCCCUGCAAAGCCUGCUCGUCAUCUCCACUCGAGCCCCGCUGGUCAGGAGGCCUGGCUUCUCUCACAUAGUCCGAAACUCCUCCCGCAGGGCCCCCCAGCACAGCAAAGGGCAGUGAGGAGCAGGGACCGCCGACCCCUGAAACCCCCAGCUAGGAGAGUCUAGAGCUGCUGCAGGCCGACGCUCUCACACUGAAGCUACUCCAGAUAUUUAAACCGAUUUUAGACAAACAGGACCUGAGGAGAGCUGGAGGUAGAGAGGCCUUAAACUGUGAUAACCCACAAACACACUGUGCCUGUAAUGAAUGCCUCAUGUUUAUAGAUAGAUUUUAUAUCUGGAUACCUGCAGUUAACGCUGCUCCGCCACUGCACAGUAUCAACCCGCAGCACUGCAGAAACUACAUUAUGACUUUUUACAUUUUCUACCCGCUGUGUGUUUUCACAUAUUUGUCAUAUUUUUGCUCUGCGGAUGAAUCAUCUCAAACAAACCUCAUCUUUAGUGCCAAAAUAAAAGCACAGGCCUCAUUUAACACAUUAUGGAACAUGUGUGUGAUUCAUAUCUGCACAUUUCCUCAGAAUCUAUAAAGUCAUUGAUUAUUGGGUUUUGAUUUGAGAUUAAAUUUCUACAGUGAAAUCAAAUUAGCUUUGAUUCAUGACUAUUAAAGCCUUACUAAUUAAUAUUACGAUUCAAUUUGAAAAUAAACAUUUAAACUGAGGGAUAUUAAAAAUAAAAGCCUGCUGCUUUUUAUCUGAAGGGAAUAUGUUUGUGUUGUCAAGUAUUAAAAAUAACUUUAUUUGCACUGGUGGUCAAUAACAUUGAUUUUUUUUACCCGCGAAAAACGAUUGCAGUGCAAUUCUUUUUUUUCUUUUUUUGAUUCCUAUUUAUUAUUUCUGAUUUUAUAUUAAAAUAUACAUUUUCAUUAUUAUUUUAGCUUUAUAUCAUUCAUUUUUGCUGUAAAGUUGUUAAUUGUUCGCACCUGUGUGUGGCUUCAUCUCGACACUUUUCAGUUUGAGUUGAAGAGGCCAUAAAGUUUUACAGCAUCUCUGCGUCCGGUUUCUUUGUUUUGGUCUCAAACUGAAAACACAAAGAAACAAAAACUACUUUGCAGCUUUAAACUAUGAGAGAGGAAAUUCUCCACAACAAUACAGCGUGGUGUGACCUGAGAGAAAUGUCUACACGUUUAGUAAAGAUUUUUUUCAUAUCGCAACAAUUCAAAACUGUGCAGAUAUAUUAAUGUUUUUUAUCGUUAUAUGUAAAUUAUUAUCGUACAAACGAAACAGUGUGUAAUCACGUGUCCGGUCUAUGAGACUUAAACUGAUCGACAGAUUUGAAUCGAAAGAGAUUUGAUUAAAUAUAUUAUAUGAAGCAUUAAAGGCCUCACUGCAGGCGACAGAUCAAGUUUUGCUUCUUUUUUUUCUUUUUUUUUUUUUAAAUAUAUGAUUAAAAUAUUACAAAAACAGGA